UAGUGGUAAUGUCAAUGUGAAGGGUUGGAAUUUCUUAAAAAAGGGGUGGGAAUUUUAGAGGUUUGUGGGGAGUUCCGAUAUAUAUAAUAACAAAAAUUUAAAAUGAGUAUUUACAAAAGAAUGUUGGCCUGUGGGAAACGGGGGGAAUAUGACGAUGACGAAAUGUUGGAGGUUGAACUGGAUAACGAGAAAGACCUGAAUCGUUUGAGGAGGGAAUACAAAAUUUGUGACAAGGAACAUUGGGCGCUGCUCAAAGGAACCGACAGGAAUUUGGCCAAAAUGAAAAAGGUGAUCAAGAUAUUCAAAAAGGAACACAAAACCGUAAACUUGGAUCUCGCGGUCGCAACGUGCGACCCGAAAAGGGAGCAGGAUAUUGAAAACGCGUUAAAAAUCAAAAAACUGAUGAGAGAGAGCAACAAACUGGACGAGAAAAUAAAACAGGCAAGAAGUAACAACAGCGGACUAGAACAGCAAAUUAGAAUGACAGAGAAAAAUAUAAAAAAGUUAAGGGCCAGCCGAGUUACUGAUUUGAAGCAUCAGAAGAAGAUUCAGCAGAGUAACUACCAAAUCGAACGUCUUGAGAAAAAACUAGAAACCCAAAACGAGAAAUUAGGGGCAAUAACAGGAGAAAAUCAAAAACUGAGGGAAGAAAUAAUCGAUUUGAUAAACGAACGGAAUCGCUUCAACACAUCAUGGGAAAAAAUGAUCAGUAAACUGUAUAAAGGUAAAAAGGUGUUGAUGGAUCUCUUUCAACAAUGCACUGUCACAUACAACGCCAGAGACGAAUGCAUACAAAAACUGAAGUUUUUACGUUCAAGGGCUUACAGUGACUUCAACAGGGACGUGGAUUCCCAGUCUGCAUUGGAGCGCAAUUUGGAUCAUCGGUGUAAACUUUCAAAUUUCAUAAGAACCAAACAAAUCAAGAGGCACACGGACGACCUGAAACAAACAGCCCAAAAGACUAAACGAGCCCACACAAUAGCUCUCCAAAUCAAACGCACUGCAUACGAACACGUACUGGACGCAAUAACAGAAUUAACACAUGCAAAAGAACUGCCUGUCGUCAUGCAGGGAUUUCUCAAAGAGGACAUCGCAAACUUCUCUAAAUUCAAUCUUAUCGUACGUCUGAACGAUGAAAUUGAAGAAACGGGCAAUGCCCUUCGAGAAACACAAACAAAUAUCGAACAACUCCAGGCAAAGCACAAAAAUAUAUCCAAAAAUCACGAACAAUUACUAGCAAAUCUAGAGGAAAGACUUAAGAAAUCCAUCGAAGAAGCAGACGCCGCUGAAACGAAGACAAGAGAACAAGACGGAAAACUGCGUCAAAUCUUUGAAGCGAUACGGAACCUGUUUGAGAAAGCUGAGUGUGACGACACCCCUUUUCUCAGUUUACUGUCAGAUAACUCCACCCCGAAUAAGUAUAACGUGAUUUUGUACUUGGAAGCGGUUGAACAGCAAUUUCGUAAAUACAUACUGGCUGCAUUUUACAAGCAACAGUCCGCAGACGUUAGGAAAGCACAAGGGACGAUUAUUAAGGCAGAAAAGUCACUAUUCGAGAACGUCCAGGUGGACGAUUACACUUCAACAAGUCCAUGUCCUCUGUGUGUCGAAUUAGAAAUGGUAGGAGACGUAGUUGACACCCUACAAUUCUCGUUCACCAGGACGGAAGUGAGAAAAUACCUUGAGGAACGAUUAGAGUUUCCCGAUGGCGCCGACAGGCUGCAUUCGGUGUCCCAAUGCAACCUGCCCAAAUCCAGGGAUAUAGUACAUAAGCGAUAUCAAUAGUGAUGCAUAAUAUUCGUUGUUUAUCAAUUACUACAAUUAAUUAAUUAAGUAGCUGAUACGUAAACACGUGUUUCCUUUCUAAGGAAAUAAUCGUUUCAACAGCAAUUACAUUGUUAAUUUCGUUAUUGAUUUUGAUCUACAACGAAAAAAAAAAGUGAUUAGCGUUUUUUUUUUGUGUCUACGCAUAAUUGUCUACCGUUCGGCGAAUUUUUGGAAUGCUUCUUACAAUUUUACUUUCAUUUUUGUUUGCCGCCUGUAACACCCUACAGAUAUGUACAUAUAUACAUGUGUAUCAAUUAAUUAUUACAUACGUAUGGAAUAGGAGGAGUCGUGUUACGGUUAAAACACCACACAAAGCGAUUGUUAUCUUUUAGAAACUGGCGCUUUCAAAUUUGUAAAUCUAAUGUUACGGCUACCAAAUUGACAUGAUCGACUUAUAUUAGUGCUACCUAUCAGAAACAGAGAAAGAACGUCUCUGACAGAAAACGUUUAUGGAUUGAUUGUUUCGUGAAAGCUGACAGGUUUUUCUAUUGUAAUUUGCGAACAACUCAAUUUAACAUACAAUAAAUUAAUUCACCGAUAAUAUUGUUAUGCAAAUC